AAAAAUGUCUGUAGUCAUCAUAUAACCACCAUUCAUUGCAUUGGACACCGAAAAGCCAAACCGUGUAAUGUGCGACAAAUCGAUGUUAUAUAAAUUUUUUUCUUUCAGAAGAUUUGUUGUGAUUUAAUCGAGAGCAUCCGUUUUUAUUAGUGUGCGAAAACAUUACGCCAAUAUAGAUAACCGUUCAAGGUCCUCCUUUUAUAGGGUUUGGGUACCUAUACCAAAGUGAGACGCCCGUCUUGCAGUUCAGUUCAUUUAAAAAUUCAGACAUCAAAGCACAUAUUGAAACAGAAAAAUGAAGAUUAUUAUGUGUUUGACGAUUUUCGUUGUGUCGGCCUUAUUGGCGGCACACAAUUGUCGGGCUGCGCCUGCCGUGCCUCCGUUCACUGACGAGAAGGCUGACCACGAGAGCCUAGACGUCAACGAAGUAGGACCGGCCGAGGAGAACUGGAAGCUGUACAGCCUGUUGACAAAGACCAAGUCGUACGAUCCGUCGGACACCGAAAAGACCCGCGAGUUGCUGAAGGAGAUAGAAGAGUACACGCGGUUGGUCACGACCACGGAUGCGGUGACGACAGACAUGCCAGCCGACGACUCGACGACGGAGCUGCCAGCCACGGACGCGACGGACAUCAUCGAAACGGAUCCCGCGUCGUCCGACUGGUUCGGCUCAACGUGGAGGAAUAUGAACAGGAACGACGACAACGACGGCGACGGCGACGGGUCGCAAAUGGGCAGGCAAGACGACGGCAACGUGGAAGACAUUAUCAAAAAGAUUUCCAACGACUUGAAGAAACUGUACGUCAAAAUCAAGCAAGUGAUUACGGUGGUGAAAAACUGGGUCAACCACGCUAGAGGUUCAAAUAUUGAAUAUGAUGGAUACCCUAUGUCUGCAAGUGCUUCUGAAUCAGAUGGAGUGUUUGUAAUAGCCGAUCCUCUAAUAGGGGAUGUAGAUAAAUCUAAUAAAUAUACAUUACCCAUAAAUGGGGAUUAAAUUAUAAAUAAUAAUUUCAGAAUUAAACUUAUAUGACUUAUUGAAAUCGCAUAUUAACCUCAAAUUGGUAAUUUAAAUUAUAUUAUUUAAGUUUAUUUUUAUUUAGUAAAAUAUUGUUCCUUUAUUGUAUCAUUUAUUUAUUCUGUACUUAUUUGAUCAUAUUUUUCCAAAAUAUAAAAUAAAAUGAUUAUACAAAUAACAAA